GGCGGCCCAGGCGCGGAGGGGGAGACGGUCCCAAGAUGGCGGCGCUGCAGGCGGAGCGCGGGUACGGGCUGUCCUGCGGCCGCCUCGGCCGCGGCACCCGCGUCUCCGUCUUCCACGUCAAGCUCACGGAGAGCGCCCUGCGCGCCUUCGAGAGCUACCAGGCUUGUAAGGAUGCUGUGACGUCAAAACCAGUCAUCCAGUUUCAAGGGAGCCAAGGGCACAUCGCGAUCCCGAGGCCCGACCGACCGACGGAAGUGAGGACCUUCACGUUUUACCUUUCAAAUAUUGGCAAGGACAGCCCCCAGGGGAGCUUUGACUGCAUCCAGCAGUAUGUGUCCAGCAAUGGCAAUAUCCACCUGGAUUGCCUUGGGAGCAUACAGGACAAAAUCACCGUGUGUGCUACUGAUGAUUCCUACCAGAAGGCGAGGCAGAGCAUGGCACAGGCCGAGGAGGAGACGCGCAGCCGGAGCGCCAUCGUCAUCAAACCCGGGGGGAGAUACGUAGGCAAAAAGGUUCAGGUGCGUAAACCUGCACCAGGAGCUUCCGAUGCUGUUCCCUCCAGGAAGCGCCCAACGCCAGUCAACCUUGCCAGUGCAAUAAAGAGAGGCAAUAGUGCCAUUUCUCAGAGACCCUUCAAAGAUAGGGUUGUGCACUUACUGGCACUAAAGCCUUAUAAGAAACCUGAACUUAUUCUCAGAUUGCAGAAGGAUGGACUUUCUCAGCAGGACAAGGAUUUGCUGGAUAACCUUCUGCAACAGGUGGCAAAUUUGAGUGCCAAGGACAGCACUUUCACACUGAAGGAUUGUGUGUACAAAGAAGUGCAGAAGGACUGGCCUGGCUACUCAGAAGGAGAUCAGCAGUUGCUGAAGAGGAUCCUGGUUAGGAAGCUCUGCCAGCCCCAGAACAGCAGCGGUUUUCAAGGAGAAGCACCUUCCCUGAGCCCUCCAAAGGACACGGUGAACUCCAGCUCUCCCCCUCAGAAACGAUCCCAGCCUCUGGAGUUCAUCGACCCCCUGGCCAACAAAAAGCCCAGGAUCUCGCAUUUGGCUCACAGAACCCAACCCACCUUCAACGGGAAGCUGAGCUCCUCCAACGGGAAGGACACCCCCGCCCCCCCCCCUGCCCUGCCGCCGGCGCUCCCGGAGUCGGGAAGCUCCUCCAGCUCCAACCUCCCGGUGCUGGAGCUGCCCCGGCCCCACGACCCCCUCUCGGAUGUGAGCAACGACCUGGCUCACAACGGCAGAGACUGUGAGAGCAGCGAGGCCACGGACAGGCUGAGCCACCCCCCGCCCACAGACUGUCCCCAGACCAGCAAACACAACUGCGGCUCCUACGUCAAAUCCAAGAAAAAAUCCAAAAAGCACAAAGACAAGGAGAAGGAGAGGAAGGAGAAGAAGGGCGAGGAGAAGUGCAAAGAGGAGAAGCAGAACUGUGAAGUAAUAAAAAACGCUGACUUAGGUAGUGUUCCCCAGGAGCAGGUCACAGGUUUAAAUGGAACAUGCAAUAAUUCUAGUGUACCAACAUCAACUUCAGAAAUGCCAGAUUAUUUAUUAAAAUACGCGGCCAUUUCCUCCUCGGAGCAGCGUCAGAGCUACAAGAACGACUUCAACGCGGAAUACAACGAGUACAGGGACUUGCACGCCCGGAUAGAGCGGAUAACCCGGCGCUUCACGCAGCUGGACGCCAAGCUCAAGCAGCUUUUGCAGGGCUCUGAAGAAUAUAAGACCAUCCAUGAUCAAAUUUUACAGGAAUACCGGAAAAUUAAAAAGACUAACCCCAAUUACAGCCAAGAGAAGAACCGCUGCGAAUACCUCCACAACAAACUGGCUCACAUCAAAAAACUCAUAGCAGAGUAUGACCAGCAGCAGUUUUAGCUGCCACUCCCCCCUCCUCCUCUUCCUCCCCCCCCCCGGACUGGGUAGAGCAAAACAAAAAAAAAAAAACAAACAAAAAAACCAGUCACCUGGACGUUGUUUUUGGGUUUUGUUUUUUUUUUUUCCCCCUUUUAUACACCCAAAAAUCCCUUUCAGAGAUGAGCAUUAAUUAUUCCUCGUGGUUGAAGAACUUUUGGGGGAUGACUUAUGAUGCCGAAUCUUGUCGUGUCCACACGUCCAGCACGCUCCUCCCGAGUUUUGGGUUGGUUUUUUUUUUUGUUUUUCUUUUUGUUUCGUUUUGGUUUUUUUUUGUUUGGGUUUUUUUUUUUUUUUGAAAGCCUCUCUGAACGUCGGAAUGAACGGACAAAACGAAAUUAACCUGCUUGUUUGGAAAGCCAGCCUUUGACACUUAAGGGAAGGGAAGAAAAAAAAAAACAAAAACCACCAACAAAAAAUAGAAAAACACACCAAAAAAAAAAAAAACUUGCCUAAAAAAAGUGACCGAAGCUCCCAAAGAAGUUAAGAAUCCGUAGUUUUGUUUUGGGGUUUUUUUUUUUUUUGGUUUUUUUUUUCAUGGAAUUAAAAUUAAGUUUUUGGCAUGAAGUGUAAUCCCCCAGCUCCACUUGGGGGGGGGUUACAAACUGUCCUGCAGAUGGUGAGGAACUGGAACUGCUGCUCCGAGCGACCGUCGGAACGAGGGCUGCGCCUGCUCCCGGCACCGCGUAAAUACACCACGUACCCAGA